AUGGGAAUGUUGGCUAAAGCUUUAAAAAAGUUGAUUGAGGAGGCUAUAAGUAGCGCUACUAAGUCCCUCCAAGCCGAAAAAAAGAAACUUUCUUGCCCCUUCAAAUACUCUGAUAAAGAGACUUACUGUCAGUACUACGAGAAGCAAAUUAGUGACACUACUAAGAAGCUUAAAGAAUCUGGGAAAAAAGAAAAUGAAAUCGCUGAAAAUCACAAUAUAAAGUUUAAUAAAACAUGUCUAGAAGAGUGUAUAAAUGCUCACAAAAAACAUCCUCCAUCUCCUGCCAUAAAGGACAUUGAGUCCAAGUUGUCUCAGCUUGAAAAGCUUAAAGAGAGUCUUACUGGAUUUACUGAAAAAAACAAUUGCAAAAAUCUUUUAGAAAACCUCUGCUCUGGCCUCGAGACUUUCCUCGGCUUCAAUCCAUCUUCCAAAGGCUACGAUGGCCAGGGCAUUGUGUACUCCGACCUGGACAGGCUGUGUGACGGGGUGAUGGGAUUUUUGAGUGGUGUUCUCAGUAACAUCUACAGCCAUUUAGGGCAGCAUAAAAACACUUUAAAUGAAGCAAUUACGCUUCUUGAGCAAAAUAAACACGCCGGUAAAAAAGGUUUUAAUGUUGCGAUUGGAAAGGUGGUCGAAGGGGUGGGGAGGUAUAAUGGUAAUGUAAAAAAGUCGAAUGACCUUGUUAAGACGGCAAUUAAAAAUCUUCAAAGAGGCAUGAAAAACUAUAAAAAAGAAGAGUUACAAACUAAAUUGCCAAAUAGCAUUGAUCCAAAAAGGCCUACGGCUUCCACCCAAGAGAGUGUCGAGAAGGCAAAAUCCUUGGUGGAGGAUUGUCGAAAAUAUGCAAAAGACUUUAUUACUGCUGUUGACAUUAAAACAAAAACAGACGCCACAAAAAAUGCGAUAAAAGACUUAAAUCCCAAAUUGCGUGAUACAAUUGAGAACGUGCGUAAGAAUAUGCAGCAUGAGAGUAAGCGUCUUAAAGAGUUGUCGAGUAAAGAGAGUAAGGAUUUAGAGGCAACGGAAGAUAAAAUUAAGAAGACGUUGAGCAGUUUGAAAGUGAACGUCGAGUAG